GGUCUUCAGGAUGAGCGGUUCGGAGGAGAAGUUCCGGCUCAGGAUGUUCUCUCCGGGGUUCGGGAUGGACAAGUCCCGCCUGCACGGCUCCGGGUUCCGGUCCAAAGGCUUCGCCAUCACGGACCUACUGGGACUGGAUCCGGACCUGCAGGUUCGGCAGCAAUCCGGCGGCACUUCGGGUUCGGGCCUGGCGGCAGCGGGCUCCGGUUCGGAGCCUCAGGGGCCGGCAGGUGGACUCGGCGCCUUUUCCUUCCAGGGAGGUUCGGUACCGCUCGGACUAGGCUUCCUGUGCAGCCUGGCGGCCCAGCAGCCCUCCGGAACCCCCUGCUUCCUGCCGGGUCACCUGCCACUGCUGCCGAACAGAACCGACAGCCAGUACCAGCAGAACCUGCUGGAGGCCCAGAGGGAAACCUACUCCGAUGAAGAGUGUCUGUCGGACCGAACCGAGUCCAAAACCUCCGGAACCUCCCAGAAGAGGAAGAAGAGGAGACACAGGACGGUGUUCACGUCCCAUCAACUGGAGGAGCUGGAGAAGGCCUUCCAUGACGCUCACUACCCCGACGUGUACGCCCGAGAGCUGCUGGCCAUGAAGACCGAGCUGCCCGAGGACCGCAUCCAGGUACCACAACACAAUAUACAGCAACACACAACACAAUAUACAACACAUCCAGGUACCACAACACAAUAUACAGGUCAUAACGGGUCGUGA